AUGACUGGGGAAGGUGAUAAAGUUAAACAGUUAUAUUGCGUGAAGUACUCUGAUUCUGCUACACUUCAAACUCGCUACAUCUGUGUUCAAAAGCCAACAAGAAUGCCAGUUCAGGCACCUUCGUGGACAGAAUUUCUCAUUUGUCCCAUUUGCACAAAUGAGUUCGCAGUAAAUCUUCGAUCUCCCAUCACCCUGCGCUGUGGCCACAGUAUCUGUAAAAAAUGUCUUUCAAACAUCCAGCAAUGUCCAUAUGAUCAGUCAUCAAUAACAAAGGAUUUGGACAACUUGCCCAUCAAUUAUGCUUUACUUCAAUUAGUUUCAUCACCAAAUGAAAUCAUUGAACCGGAAAUUCCAACAGCAAUCAAGUUAUCAUUAACAGAAGACGAUUUAAAAUCUUAUAAGAAGUCGAAAAGUUGCAUUGAAGAGUUGGCAUUGUACUUGAAGCCAAAUGGAAGUAUUUCUGGUUUAUUCUCACGUCCAAUGCAAAGAAAGUUAGUGACUUUAAUUAAUUGUCAACUAGUCGAAGAUGAAGGUCGUGCUCGAGCUAUGAGAGCUGCACGCUCUUUAGGCGAACGAACCGUCACUGAGCUCAUUCUACAACACCAAAAUCCCCAACAAUUGAGUGCCAAUUUAUGGGCUGCCGUUCGUGCACGCGGUUGUCAAUUUCUUGGUCCAGCAAUGCAAGAAGAAGUUUUGAAGCUCGUCUUACUCGCUUUGGAAGAUGGAGUGUCACUUUGCCGUAAAGUUCUCGUGAUGUUUGUCGUUCAACGUUUGGAGUCGGCAUUCCCACAAGCUUCCAAAACCAGCAUUGGUCACGUUGUUCAGCUACUUUAUCGCGCUAGCUGCUUUAAAGUGUCAAAACGUGACGGAGAUUCAUCAUUAAUGCAAUUGAAAGAAGAAUUUCGUACUUACAAAAACUUACGCAAAGAACACGAUGCACAAAUAGUACAAAUUGCUACCGAAGCAGGACUUCGCAUUGCACCCGAUCAAUGGUCAGCUUUGUUGUAUGGUGAUGCUAAUCAUAAGUCGGAUAUGCAAUCAUUGAUUGAUAAACAACAAAGUCCACAGUCCUUUGGACAAUCAGUGCAAGAAUUGAUGAUUGCAUUACAACGAACUGAAGAUCCAGCAAAGCUUUCAUUGUUACGCGACGAUCUUAAAAGUUUGGCUGCUAUUGAUGCAUCAUCCGAAUCGAAUUUAACACCAAAAUGGAAUGAAUGUGAAGAUGCCAUUGUGGCUGGGAAAAAUGUCGUUGAUGGACUCGUCAAAUACAUUCAGCAUCAUGGAAAUCGUAAACCUCAAGAUGUCAGUCAUUUAUCACAUUCAACACGCUACAAGAUCAGCUUCUGUCGUGAUUUGAGUAUUCGUGGAAAUUGCCCACGUGGGCAGAACUGCACAUUCGCUCAUUCUGACGAAGAACUCGAGCGCUAUCGUGCAAAAAUGAAGAAGAAUGUCAUGCGACAACAAAUGAAAGACAUGCCGCCGUCAUCCACUUAUCCCGUCAACAACAAUAAUGGACCAAAUCCGAAAGUUAACAUUUCACAUCCACCAUAUGGAUCUGCAAGCAGCGGAGCUGGUGGAAGUUACAACAAAUCAAUGCCAUAUCGUAGUGAAAAUUCUUUGCACAACAACCACACACCAUCAAAGAUUGCAUCGCAACAUUUAAUGCCAACAACAUAUCCGACAUCGGGAUCAUCUUCAAAUUCAACGCCGAACUUAUCGCAAUCUCAAUUGAGUCCAAAGUUGUUGUCGGGUGUUGGUGCAAACAACAACAAUCGCUUUUCUUAUAAUGCUCACAACUACAACAAUUAUUCGCCACAUUAUGCAAAUUCAUCGCCACCACUGCCGAAUUUUGUUCAGAAAAUUGGAUAUCAAAAUUAUCGCCCAACGCCACUGUCAGCUCCACCAACUUCGUCACAACACUACAUGAAGACAUCGCCAAGUGGAUUUUCUCCAGAUUACAAUAAGCAAUACUCACCGUAUCGUAAUCAAAUACCGACAGCAAUGAAAUCAACGACUGGUAAUCACAAUAACAAUGGCGGGAGUGGAUUUUAUCAAAUGCCACCGCCAAUGUUACGCAACGAAGAUUUUUCUAACAAUAACAACAGCAAUGGAAAUCUUGGUGAUGUUGGAAAAUAUAAUUUGAGCUGGCGAUCGGGAAAUGGAAAAGUCGAUAAGUUGAAGACGCCGAUCAGAUCACCAAAUAAUCUUGCACCACGCAGUCCAACUUCUCAAACCAAUUCCAAUAAUGCUUCGCCGUCAGGUCUCAUUGAAUUGUCACCAAUUGAAAUCAAUCGCAUGAUGUAUCGUAAUAAUAACAAGACAGUUGAUGAGGUUGAUAGUCUUGCAAUGUCUGACAUUUAUGGACCUGGAAAGCAGCAAUCAGCAUUUCAAUUUGACACAUCGCAACUUGCAAAGAACAACUUUACACGAUCUGACUCAAUUUUAGCAUCUUGCACGGAUGAUGACUUCACAUUUGAGAAUAAUUCGACUUCAGGUCAAUAUGGUGCAAUAGGAAUCAAGACAAGUCCACCGACAUCGACGUCAUCACGCAUUUGGAACAGUGGAAUGAUGCAGAAGCGUAUGGAAAGUACUUACAACAAUGGCAAUGAUUCAAAAAUUGGACUUUACAAUAUGUCGCGCAUGAAUCUGACCUCAAAUGGAAGUGGCAAUAAUUCAGCUUCUCGUGGAAAUUUCUUGAAUAUGCACAUGAAUCCAUGUGAAUUGAAUGUUCAAGUUUCAACACCACGAACAACUGCUGAUGAUCAACAACAGAAUAGCAUUUGGAGCAAACCAAUACAAAGCUGGAGUGAUGGGGACUUUGACUUAUCUCAUGAUUUGAAUUCUGGUAUGUCAAAAAACCUUUGGGAUUUCAUUGAUGAAUAGAAAAUUGUGUUAAACUUACACACAAAACAAUAUUUCAAGACAACAACAUAAUUCCUUUUUCCCCUUAAUAAUUUACCUUUUUUUCCCCUGAUAUUCAAUCAUUAAUUAACUCUUUGUUUUAAAUAUUUUUUGGAAAUUAACAUUUUAUAUUCGGAGAAUAACAGACGGAAGGUCGAAAUGUUAAAACAGAGUCUCUGCAACUUUUUUUUUUAAGAUGUUAUUAAUUUAUUACAAGUUUAUGUUAAGACCUAAGCUUUUCAAAGUGUGAUUUCAAGCGUACUAAAGCGCAUAACUUUUCUUCAAAUCAAAAAGAGAAACAAGAAAUGAUUUGUUUUGAUAACUUUGUUCAUAUGAAAACUAAAAUCAGGAAUUUGUUAAUUAUUAGAAAAAAUUUAAUUGCACUUAUGUAGGAUGUUCCGUAAGGCUUAGAUAUUUGAAUCCUAAUAAUUAUUUCAUUAAUUUUUGACGUCAAAAUAUGUGUGACAUGACGUACAAUUUAAGAAGAAAAUUUUUUACUGCUAAUUAAAAUAAAAGCCACAAAAAUGGCAAGUGAAAGAAAUGAAAGAAAAACCUCAAAUUUCCAAUGGUUGAUUACUAACAUAAACUUAAUUAUUUUAUUUUUUUUCGCACUAAUGUUAAAUCUUUGUUAAAAUUUAUGAGACUUCUUCGUACUCCAAAAAGGAAAAAAAUGAUUAAUGUAAUGAAACAUCUAAAUAAUAAUAAUAAUAAAAACAUAUAGUUAACGUUGAAUGUUCUUUCUAAAAGAAAACUUUUCCCAAACUUCCCUUACACAUCUUUUUAUAAAUUCAAUGAAGAGAAAGAUAUGCGCAUGAUUAUAAGAUGCC